CUAGGAACUACUUCCGAGGUCAAAGGUGUCAUGGCUGCCUCUGAGAUCAAAAAUUGAAGCUAACUUAAAGAGUUUAAUGCCAUUUGUUACGGCAUUGUACCAUAUGAGGACACAUCGCUCCAACAGAACACAACUUAAUCAACGUACUGCUGGUGAUAAAACAACGUUUAGCUACAGACUAUAGCCAAGAUAGUCAGACUAGCUUGUGCCAGCUAUCCUUUGUCUACCCAUCUCACCUCCGGAAUUGUCAACAAUGAGGACGAUCUUGAUGGUCGCAGAGAAGCCUUCAUUGGCACAAUCCAUCGCAAAAAUCCUAUCCAAAGGAAGCUGCAGCAGCCGGAAGGGGCUGAACGGAGCAUGCUCAGUGCACGAGUACACGGCCAGCUUCAGGGGGCAGCCCUGCCGCUUCAAGAUGACCUCCGUCUGUGGGCACGUCCUGAGCCUGGACUUCAUAGGGAAAUAUAAUAACUGGGAUAAGGUGGACCCCGCUGAGCUCUUCAGCAAUGCCCCUACGGAGAAGAAGGAGGCCAAUCCCAAACUCAACAUGGUCAAGUUCCUGCAGGUUGAGGCGAAAGGCUGUGACACAGUGGUUCUCUGGCUGGACUGUGAUAAAGAGGGAGAGAACAUCUGCUUUGAGGUCCUGGACGCGGUGCAGCCGGUGAUGAGUAAGGGUUAUGGCGGGGAUCAGACCGUGUUCAGAGCCAAGUUCAGCUCCAUCACCGACACGGACAUCUGCAACGCCAUGAACAACCUGGGCCAGCCCAACCACAACGAGGCCCUGAGCGUGGACGCCCGACAGGAGCUUGACCUGCGCAUCGGCUGUGCCUUCACCCGGUUCCAGACGAAGUAUUUCCAGGGUAAAUAUGGGAAUCUGGACUCAUCUCUGAUCUCGUUCGGACCCUGCCAGACCCCCACCCUGGGGUUCUGUGUGGAGCGGCACGAUAAGAUCCAGUCCUUCAAGCCCGAGACAUACUGGGUCAUCCAGGCCAAGGUUUUUAAAGGGAAAGAGAACCCCCUCACACUGGACUGGGACCGGGUUCGGGUCUUUGACAGGGAGGUGGGCCAGAUGUUCGUCAACAUGACCAAGACCUCCAGAGAAGCUGUGGUGGAGUCGGUGAGUAAGAAGGAGAAGGCCAAGCAGAGACCACAGGCCCUCAACACCGUGGAGAUGCUGAGAGUGGCCAGUUCAGCACUGGGUAUGGGCCCCCAGCACACCAUGCAGAUAGCAGAGCGUCUCUACACACAGGGCUACAUCAGCUACCCUCGCACAGAGACCACACACUACCCCGAGAACUUCGACCUCAAAGACACCCUGCGCCAGCAGGCCAACAACCCCUUCUGGGCUGACAUAGUGAAGGCUCUCCUGGCGGAGGGGCUGAAUCGUCCCAGGAAGGGGUCGGACGCCGGGGACCAUCCCCCCAUCACCCCCAUGAGAGCGGCCUCUGAGAGCGAGCUGGGAACUGACGGUUGGCGUUUGUACGAGUACAUCACCAGACACUUCAUCGCCACGGUGAGCCAGGACUGCAAGUACCUGCAGACCAUCAUCGCCUUCAGCAUCGGCACGGAGGCCUUCUCCUGCUCCGGCAAGACUCUCAUAUCGGCUGGGUUCACGGAGGUGAUGCCAUGGCAGGGUAUCCCGGAGGAGGAGUCUCUCCCGGACUGUGGGCGGGGCGAUGCCUUCACGGUGGACGAGGUGAAGCUGCAGGAGAAACAGACCUGCCCCCCCGACUACCUGACCGAGGCCGAGCUCAUCACCCUGAUGGAGAAACACGGCAUCGGGACGGACGCCAGCAUCCCUGUGCACAUCAACAACGUCUGCCAGAGGAACUACGUCACCGUGGAGAGCGGACGCCGCCUGAAACCCACUAACCUGGGCAUCGUGCUCGUGCACGGCUACUACAAGAUAGACGCAGAGCUGGUCUUGCCCACGAUCCGCAGCGCAGUGGAGAAGCAGCUGAAUCUCAUCUCGCUGGGGAAGGCAAACUUCCAGCAGGUUCUGCAGCAUACACUCGACAUCUUCAAGAGGAAGUUCCACUACUUUGUAGACUCUCUGGCAGGUAUGGACGAGUUGAUGGAGGUCUCUUUCUCUCCCAUCGCUGCCACGGGGAAGCCACUCUCCCGCUGUGGGAAGUGUCAUCGCUUCAUGAAGUACAUCCAGGCCAAGCCGAGCCGGCUGCACUGUUCUCACUGUGACGAGACGUACAGUCUGCCGCAGAACGGCGCCAUUAAGCUGUACAAGGAGCUGCGCUGCCCGCUGGACGACUUCGAGCUGGUGCUGUGGAGCUCAGGGGCGCGCGGCAAGAGCUACCCCCUCUGCCCCUACUGCGCCAGCAACCCCCCCUUCAGGGACAUGAAGAAAGGUAUGGGCUGUAACGAGUGCACACACCCCACCUGCCAGCACUCUCUGAACUCGCUGGGCAUCGGCCAGUGUGUGGAGUGUGAGGGCGGGGUGCUGGUGUUCGACCCCACCUCCGGGCCCAAGUGGAAGAUGGCGUGUAACCGCUGCAGCGUGGUGGUGCACUUCUUCCAGCAGGCGCACAAGGUGCAGGUGUCGGCGGAGAGCUGCGAGGCGUGCGAGGCCUCUCUGGUGGCCGUCGACUUCAACAAGGCGCGCUCGCCGCUGCCCGGCGACGGCACGCAGCACACGGGAUGCGUGUUCUGCGACCCGCUCUUCCAGGACCUGGUGGAGCUCAAGCACGCCACCAUGAGGCACCCCAUGCACCGGGGCGGGCGGGGCCGGGGGCGCGGCCGACGCCCGGGCGGGAGGGGAAACCCCAAGAAACCCAAAGACAAAAUGGCCGCCCUGGCUGCGUACUUUGUGUAGCUGCCGCGUGUCGUCGUAUGUCAUCACGCCUCCCCCUUACCGUGCUUACUGAAAGUCUGAAUUACACAUGAGUUAUACAGUAAACAUGUACAGUAUUUUAUAGCAUGUAUGACCAGAGUUUUGUUUGUCCUGAUGGUCUCCCUGAUUUAGCCAGUAGGUUACAGUGAUGCCAAAGGCCUUAAAUAUCAGAGAAGAUUCAAUGGAAAAAAAUAAAUUAAUAAUAAUAAUAAUAAUAAAAUGGUUAAAAGCACCAGAAAGACUCAUUUUACCCGUUAAGAUUCUGAAUGGUCCUUCUCACAGCUAAUCCACAGGAACGGUUCUGAUUGUAUAUCUGUGGGGCUGCUAGUCCCGUUUAGCUGCAGUGUAGCUAUAAGUUAGCUGGGCGGGUGUAAAGCUGGGUGUAAAGCCGGGUAUAAGCGAUAGCAGCCUUGGAUGUACACAGUGUGUUGAUGUUCACUAUUUCCCCCAAUUCAUCAAUUAAAAUAAAAAUAAAAAUUUUGGAACACGAAACCCUCUGCUACCUUAGCUAUCCUGAUAAUAUUUAGCUAGCUCACCGCUAAUGAACACGCAAUCACGUAACUGCCAGGGUCACUCGAAUUAGAUGCUUCAAGGCAAACAGCAGGAUCUCUCCUCGCUUCACUCCUGUGUUUACAUGUAAAAAAAGAUCUGCCCCCGUUCUCACCCCGCGCCCCUACACCCUCGCAUUCUGCCCAUUGCUGGCUGCCAUGUGAUAGCAAUGAGCGGUCUAAUAUAAUUCACAAAAAAUCUGCUUUAGUAGUAGUCACUUUCCACACACGCCAUUUCACUAGCUAUUUAACUGCCGUUGUUAGUGGUGGUGCUAGCCACUGCGGUUGCACAAUUCAAAUUUAUGCUACAUCUUUUCUUAAUCGAACGUAAACCAAAACAUUGUCGCAUAUGGUGACGUUCCUAUAUUCAGACCAAUCACGCACGUUUAAAAAAUAUCGCUACUCAGUUAUCGUGCCCUUCUAACAAGUGUCAAGUAAUCUGAUGGCUGAAUCGAUCGAUUCAAAGGCUGAACGAUUCAAUAUUGUAGUUGGUGAUUCGUUAUGGGCUUUUAGUGGAUGCAUUUGGACCGCUUUAACGAUGUUUUUUUCUCUGAUAUAUAUUGCUCUCCAACAAUUGACUUUGCAUGAAAUACAUUUUCGACUAUUUUUUUAUUACAACCGCUAAUAAUUUACGGAGUAAUUUAUUCCUGUACUCAGAGUGUUGGUUAUUUUUUGUGUCUCCACAUGCGGAAACGAAAGUACGAGGGCAGGUAAAUCUUGUCAGACAAAUGUAAGGGGUGAUCUAUCGAGGAGAAUGCGCUCCAAACUGAUACUGGGCUUAAUUUCUCCUCCAAGAAUUUUGCCAAUCUGUCAAAUCGAUGCACUAUGUCAACGGCUGUUUUUGGUAUGACUUUACACCUAGUAGAGAGUAUGUGCAUAUUUUAUGUUAUAUCUUAGCUGUACGUGGGAACUGAAUCAGUUUGUGCAACCGGUUUACAUUAAUUUACAUGACACGGCGUAACUCUGUAUUUGCGUUCAAAUUUACUGAGAAAUAAGCAGCGGUGUGCUGGGGGACCCAGCUAUCAGCCCAUUUGUUAGAAAAACAAACACUCGGAGCUACACAAGCAAAGUAUUGGGCAGAAGUGAACACAAACACAGAUUGCCAGUGUAUAGAAGUAUAUGGUAAUGAAUGAGCAUGUUUUAUUCUGGAACAUGAUUCAGCUACAACCUCCAUAACCUACUGUUAAUGUGAAACAUUAAACACUGUUACGUCCAUUAAAGACUAUUUUGUUUCCAAUUUUA